AUGAAAACCCCUGUGUCCCUGCAGUCGGUUUCUCGUCGCUCUCGUCAUCUCUCAUUCGCAAGAGCCCCAGCAAUCCAUGCGCGCACCUUUCCAAGCAAAGGUUUUCAGUUGUUGCCAGCUAGUCGCAAGCUAGAAGAAGAGACACUCCCAGACUACCGAGCCGAGAGAUUUUAUCCCGUCAAACUGGGCGAGGUGUUUGCAUCCAGGUACCAAGCAGUCGCCAAGCUGGGCUUCGGUACAACAUCUACCGUCUGGCUGUGUCGUGAUCUCAGACAAGACGCAGCCCAGGAGCUGGCCAUAUCCAACCACAUCAAGGCCAUCGACGGUUCAGAGCAUCCUGGCAAGGAAAUAUUACGUGUAGCAUUGGAUAAAUUCAAGGUCACUGGACCGCACGGAUCUCACCAGUGCCUCGUCUUUGCUCCCCUGGGAUUGACGUAUACGGAUUAUCGAAAUCUCUUCCCUCAGCGGUCCCUCCCCAAGGACGUUCUUCGGGUGACUUUGCUCAUGGUCUUGCUUGGCGUGGAUUUCAUGCACCUAGCCGGGUGGUGCACACCGCUCGACAACCCAUCGCCGCGAAAGGUUCUUACGGAUCGCACCAUCUACCUUUCCUACAGAAUGCCAAUCACCAGUGACCCACUCGUCAUAUCCGACUUUGGCGCUGCAGUCCUGGGCCAGCCUGGCCAAAAGCAUACCGGGGAUGUUAUGCCUGGGGUUUACAGAGCGCCAGAAAUUAUUCUUGGUUUGGAGUGGGAUUCAAAAAUCGACAUUUGGUCAGUUGGGGUUAUGAUCUGGGACCUCUUUGAAGGAGGUCGACUUUUUCGCGCUGAGAAAGACGGCCAUUUGAACGACGAACUACACCUUGCCGAGAUGGUUUCCCUCCUGGGGCCACCCCCGAAAGAGUUUCUCAAACGGAGUGACAAAUGCCGUCUGUACUGGGACGCCGAAGAAGGGAAAUGUAUUUCUGAGACACCCAUCCCCGACCAAACUUUCGAGAGUCGUGAGACGCGUCUUGAAGGGAGCGAAAAGAAACUUAUCUUGGCUCUUGUUCGUAAAAUCUUGCGCUGGCUUCCGGAGGAACGACCUUGCGCGGAGACGCUCAUAGAGAAUGACGAAUUUCUCAAUCAGUAG